AUGGAGAAAAUGUUACGUGACACUAUGGUCAAUCAUUUAGUCGAACAUAGCCUUAAUUUCAAAAAAUUUGGUUUUGUCAAUAAAAAAGCUUGUGUGACUAAUUUGUUGGAGUCGAUUGACAUGAUGUCAAAAGCAUUAUCUGACAAGAUAUCUAUAGACGUAGCUUUUAUAGAUUUCAGUAAAGCAUUUGGUAUGGUUCCCCACAAGAGACUAAUUUACAAACUUGAGGCAUAUGGUUUUACUGGAAAUCUCCUGAAUUGGAUAAAAUUGUUUUUACACCAGCGUUUUCAACGAAUAGUGAUGGGCGAUUAUGUUUCCUUGUGGCUUGAGGUAUUUAGUGGCGUCCCUCAAGGAUCCGUAUUAGGUCAAAUACUUUUUAUCAUUUUUGUGAACGAUAUAUCCAAUAUUGUUAACCAUCCAUGUAAAAUGUAUGCUGAUGACACUAAACUGGUGGCCCGUUUAGAUCACCCUUAG